AUAAUAAAUAUACAGGCUACUGAUGAUUUCGAUGAUGAUCUACGUGUACGUACAGUCCUGAGGCGGUCUGGCUGUCGCGAUGAGAAGAUUGUAUUCAUAAUGGAUGAUUGAGUCUAAUGUCUUUGAUUCAGGAUGUCUUGAAAGAAUGAACACACUGCUGGCCAAUGGAAAGGGUCCUGGAUUAUUUGAAGCUGAUGAAUUUACAACUCUCAUGACCCAGUGCAAGGAGGGGUCACAAAAGGAAGGACUGAUGCUUGAUUCCUCUCAAGAACUCUACAAAUGGUUCACCCAUCAGAUAAUGAGAACCUUCACAUAGUAUUCACUAUCAAUCCUUCAUGGGAGGGUCUUAAAGACAGAGCUGCUACCUCUCCUGCUUUAUUCAAUCGUUGUGUGUUGAACUGGUUUGGUGAUUGGUCCACUGAUGCUCUGUAUCAAGUUGGAUAUGAGUUUACUAAUAAAGUUGAUCUUGAUAAAUCAGACUAUAUUCCUCCUGAUAGGGUCCCAGUGGUAUAUCCUGAUCUUCCCAUGCCUCCUACCCACAGACAGUCCAUCAUUAAUGCUUUUGUAUACGUUCAUCAGAUACUCUAUCAAGCUAACACUAGCCUACAGAAGAGAAGAGGGAGGACAAUGGCCAUAAUUCCAAGACACUAUCUUGAUUCCAUCAAUCAUUAUGUUAAACUCUACAAUGAGAAGAGACAAGAUCUUGAAGAACAGCAGUUACAUUUAAACAUUGGACUCCAAAAAAUACAAGAAACUGUACAACAAGUAGAAAGAGUUACAAGCCAGCCUCCCUAUAAGAAAAAUGAGCUAAAACAAAAGAACAUGCUAGCUAACCAGAAACUGAAACAGAUGGUUCACAAUCAGCAAGAGGCCGAGAAAAAGAAGAUAACGUCAUAGGAGAUACAUGUACAUGUACAGGUUCAAACUCAUGAUAUUGCUCAAAAGAAGGACAUUGUACUCAACGAUUUGUCCAAAGUGGAACCAGCAGUCAAAAAGGCUCAGCAAGCUGUGAAGGGAAUUAAGAAUCCCACCUGGUUGAAGUGAGGGCUCUGAACAACCCCAUCAGUUCAUCAAGAUGGCACUGGAAAGCAUCUGCAUGCUAAUCGGAGAACCUUACACUGACUGGAAGAGUAUCAGACAGAUUAUAAUGAAGGAGAACUUUAUUCCUACCAUUGCUAACUUCUCUACUGAAGAUAUUACUGAUGACACUA